ACUACAGAGAGCUCAGACUUCAGUAGUUGGUCUACCAACUGCUGUGGCCAUCUUUGGUGUUUAGUGCCAAGAAGGGAAAAGAUAAUUUCACAUUCAUUGAAAGGUUCUCCAUUCCAGGCUCCACCGUAAAGGUAUCAAUUAACAACCACUGAAUACCUGUUCUGCUAGUUGGAGACCUGGACCAGGAGAAGCCUUUUUUUCCUACAUGGAAACCCUUGAGGAGAAAGCCAUGGGAGGGAUACAUCGAACCUUGCUGUGCCAAGGCCCCGUGGAACUCAGAAGAGGCUGGAGAAGGAAGAAACAACAUCUCUCCUUGUUCAGUGAUGUUUUGAUUGUAUCUAAUAAUCUGCGUAAGAGAAACUUUAAGAUAAAAUAUGUCAUCCCACUGAGUUAUCUGAUGGGUGACUAUGUGGACAUAGUCCGGACAGACAACAGCUCUGCUUGCAAGUCAAUUCUCCUGUCCUGGCCUGUGGGAAAUUUUGUGGCUACCUUUCGUUCCAUGGAACAGAAAGAUUGGUGGUAUUUUUAUCUCCAAAGGUCCAUUAAUGAAGCCACAAAGAGCUACAGGAAGCAUGUUAAACUCCCGAUAUUCACCGAGGACAUCCCAAGCUGUGCCAGUCCUUUAUAUGUAAAAACAACAGACUUGGAAACGGUGAAUGAUGUUAUCAAGAAGUUACUACCUAUGAUAGGAAAGCCUAGUGCUCAAGAUUACCAACUGUGGUUCUGUCGUAGCCUCCAAGAAGCCCCAAGCCUACUCCAAGAGCAUGAGCAUCCCUACGACAUCAUAAUGAGAAACAUUCAAAGUACCGUCAGUCGACGACGGAAGUCAAGAAAGUGCACAGCUUUUCCUGCCCUGCCUGGGCUGUAUGUGGAACAACCAGAUCUACAGGGGCGAUUCAUCCUAAAGCCCAGAGACCCAGCAAGAAGCCAGAAGCAGAGCAGUGAGUCCCUGACCUUCCUUCAAGUGGCCUUUCUCAAUUCCAGUUUCUGUUCUGCGUAUAAUAUCAAUGCAUUGCAACAGGUACAUUAUAAACUGGGAAUCUGCAAUAAAGGUUACAUAAAUGAAACUACUCCGUGUAAUGAUCUCAUCUCCUCUUUAGAUAUAGAGGAGCCAACAGUUAAGAGAAGACAGCCUUUCAUAUCCUGGUUGUUCCACAAGGACUCUGUGCCCCAUGAGGACCAAGUGUGCACAGCCCCGCCAGUUGUGAAGACAGGAAAAAUCUUUGGAAAAGAUCUGACUGCCAUUUGUGAGGAUGGCAAUCUACCCACAGCAAUUCUGGUAGGUCUCAUAUGGUUCUUCUUUGGCUGUCCUGAGGACAAAAUUCUGCUUCUUCUAAAUACCUCCCCGCUUCAGUUCUAUCAUCAAGUGGAGAAGCAAGUGUGCAUCAAAUCGUUGCCUGGUUCUCAAGAAGGAAACCCUGCUCUGUGCUGCCAGUGGAGUGACAGGUGUUUCUCUUUCUUCUCUCAGGACAUACUAUCCUUUAUUAGUGUAAGGGGGCCAAUCACUGAAGGUAUCUUCAGCACACCUGGCAAAAUAAGAGCAUUCCUAUCCCUAAAAGAAAGGCUGGAUUCCGGGACAGAAGUGAACUUGAACAACGAAAGUGUCCCUGUUGUGGCAUCUAUCUUAAAGGAGUUUCUAAGAAAUAUACCAGGAAGUGUGCUGACAUCUAGACUGUAUGAUGAAUGGCUUGGUGUCCUCGACACAGUGUAUGAAGAGAAGAAAGUAGCUGCAGUGCAGAGUCUUUUAGAGCAACUACCCCAACCGAAUAUCAUUCUUUUGAAACCACUUUUCGGAAUAUUAUAUAAAAUUGAGAGAAACUCUGAAUUCAAUCACAUGACAUCUUCUAAUUUAGCCAUUUGCAUAGCCCUGUGUAUUCUAUGCCUGCCUAGCUCUGGCAACUCAAGAUUGGCAGAUAUCACCAAAAAGGUUUCUCUUAUCAAAUUCCUUAUUGAGAACUAUCCAAAAAUAUUUGGAGAAGAGCUCAUUUAUGAGAGCUAAUUAUAGAGCUCAUUGCUUUGCUCUGGUGGGGAGAAGGCUUACAAUUCCCUGAACACUCCAACCGACAGUGUUGAGACAGAGGAGAAGGAACAAGAAGACUACCCCUGUCCCAGUGAGAGGACAAGCCCCACAGGCAAUGAUGUAGUGCCCAGAAGUCCAACUGCUUCUCUCCUCAGUGAGGGAAUUAUAGAUUCUGAGGAACAUGUCAAAAUGUCUUUAAUAAAUUUGAUGAUUACAUGGGGCUCUGAUACCAGCCAAGACAACAUGUGCUUAAUUCCUCCAGCGCCAAAUGAGGAACCCCCCACUGGAAAUUCUGAUAACUCACCAGCACCAAACAAGGAACUCCUUGUUGUAAAUUCUGACACCCCAUCACCACCAAGUGAGGAACAACUAGUUGUAAAUUCUGACACCCCAUCACCACCCAUCAAGAGACACCUCUUCGGGAUGUCUCUCCUGAGUGUGUGUGAGGAUGGCCAUCUGCCUACUCCAGUACUGGACAUGCUCUCUAUUAUUGAGAAAAAGGGACUACAUACGGAGAAGAUCUUCAGAACAAUAGCCAACAAAUCCUUCCAAACCCUUAAAGAAAAGCUUGAUGAUGGGGAGGAAGUCAACUUGACUGAGGAAUCUGUCCUGGUUGUUGCAUCUGUCUUAAAGUCUUUUAUCACAGAUGCCAAAACCUAAUUUCAUCCUCUUGAGACACCUUAUGAGUGUAUUAUACAAGAUUAAAAGUCAUUUUUCCAUUAAUCACAUGGACGCUUAUGGAUUGUCAGUUCCCAUAGCCCCUUAUCUUCUAUGGAGGCCUAUUUCUUGCAGCUUGGGAUUUGGAGAUGAUCUCUCAAAAAAAGUAAGUUUUAUGUUGCCUGCAUAUAAGUUUGGGCCCUUGGAAGCAAUACAGCAUUGGAUCUCAUGGAACUGGAGUUCCAGAUGGUUGUGAUCCAAAACACGGGUGCUGGGAGCAAGAUCAGGGUCCUCUGAGACAGCUGUCAGUAGUCACAACUUCUGAGCCAGUGCUCCACACAACAGUUCAUGUUAACUUGUGUUGUUGAUGUUUCAGAUUUAUUAUUGAUAUGCUUUCUUUAUUUAGAUAGCCUGAGCGUAACACUUUAUGUGUGGGGGAAAAUUCCUGAGAGAAUAUACUCAUCUGCUAGGAAAAAAGCAGAAUGAGAGACAGCCAGAGAGGAAGAUGGGGUCCUAUAUUCCCUCUAAUG